AUGUUACUAGAAACCACAUGUGGGCGUGGCCAGUCCAUCUUUGCCUUCCUUGCUCCACCCCGGGCUAAUGAAGUGAGGGUCAAAAUCAAAUAUACCGCACUUUAUCACACUGAUGUCUACUUUUGGGAAGCCAAGGGCCAGACACCACUCUUCCCCCGAAUAUUCGGUCAUGAAGCGGCUAAAGUUGUUGAGAGUGUUGGGGACGGCGUUAAAAACCUCAAGCCCGGGGAUCAUGUGCUUCCAGUUUUCACGGGUGAGUGUGGGGAUUGCAUGCAUUGCAAGUAUGAGGGAAGCAAUAUGUGUGACCUGCUGAGAAUCAAUACAGAUAGAGGAGUUAUGAUUGGUGAUGGGAAACAAAGGUUUUCCAAGAAUGGGACUCCUAUUAAUCACUUUCUUGGCACAUCCACCUUCAGUGAAUAUACAGUCAUCCAUGAAGGCUGCCUUGCCAAGAUCGAUCCGUCAACACCUUUAGACAAAGUCUGCAUCCUCAGUUGUGGUGUCUCAACAGGAUUAGGUGCUACUCUGAAUGUGGUAAAACCAAAGAAGGGAUCUUCAGUUGCUGUCUUUGGACUUGGGGCGGUUGGCCUGGCAGCUGCUGAAGGUGCAAGAAUUUCUGGGGCAUCAAGGAUUAUUGGGGUUGACUUGAAUCCCAAGAGGUUUGAGGAAGCCACGAACUUUGGAGUAAAUGAGUUCAUGAACCCAAGGGACCAUAUCAAGCCAGUGCAAGAGAUUAUUGCUGAGAUGACGAAUGGUGGAGUCGACAGAAGCGUAGAGUGCUCCGGCAACAUUAAUUCAAUUAUCUCCGCUUUCGAAUGUGUUCAUGAUGGUUGGGGUGUAGCCGUGCUUGUGGGAGUGCCAAGCCCAGAUGCAAUCUUCAUGACUAAGCCGAUUAAUGUGCUGAAUGAAAGGACGCUUAAAGGAACAUUUUUUGGGAACUACAAACCUAGGACAGACCUUCCCUCUGUUGUGGACAUGUACAUGAACAAGGUAGAGAAGUUCAUAACUCAUCGAGUUCCUUUCUCCGAGAUCAACAAAGCCUUUGAUUACAUGGUGAAGGAGGAAGGAUUGCGAUGCAUCAUUAGCAUGGAAGAGAAGCUGCUAUCAGUUCAUAAUUAAACUUCAAUAAGUUUCUUUGAUGAACAGCUUUAAGUAUUGAACGAAGUAUGCACUUUCACACUGCUUAAGCAAUAUUUUGUGUAAACUGACAUGGA